AUGAUCAUACCAUCGGCCCAAACCUUCUUAGUGGGCCCGAUCAGCUUUCAAGGCCCGUGUAAAUCUCCAAAUAUCCAUUUUCUGAUAUUGGGUACAAUCAUUGCCCCUGAAAACCCUAGUUCAUGGGGUAGUUGUGAAACCGGGGCAUGGCUAUUAUUUUAUGACGUUAACAAUCUUAUUAUCGAUGGUGGUGGUACUAUCGAUGGUCGUGGCAGUGCUUGGUGGACCAAAUCUCUGUCUGAUAUAACAGAAGAAUCUACAUGUUCAAUACCACCAACGGCGUUACAUUUUGAAAAAUGCUAUGGGCUUCGAUUAAGACAACUUAAGCAUCUUGAUAGCCCUAGAAAUCAUAUCGGUCUAUACAGAUGCAGUAAUUCAAUUAUUUCAAAUUUAGACAUAGUUGCACCUGCAAAUAGCCCAAACACUGAUGGAAUCGACGUCUCAAUCUCAACCUACAUACAAAUAAACGAUUCCGUUAUUAAAACUGGUGACGAUUGUAUUGCUCUAAUCAACGGAUCCUCUCAAAUCAAUAUUACGGGCAUAAAUUGCGGUCCGGGCCAUGGUAUAAGCAUCGGAAGUUUAGGCAUAAAUGGGGAAUAUGAUACUGUGGAAGGUGUUUACGUACGAAAUUGCAACUUCACCGGAACACAAAACGGAGCAAGAAUCAAAACAUGGCAGGGAGGAUCUGGAUAUGCCAGAGAUAUCACAUUUGAGCAAAUUACACUUCAUGAUGUGAAUAACCCGAUACUUGUGGAUCAAUACUAUUGUCCUAGUGGAAAUAAUUGCCCUACAGAGGGUUCAGCAGUGGAGAUUAGUGAUAUAACUUACAGAUUAUUUCAAGGAACAUCAUCAUCUCGAACUGCAAUAAAUUUUGACUGCAGUAACAAAGUAGCAUGUUCUGGUAUUUCUUUGGAUCAGAUUAACAUAACAUCAACUGUGACUGGAGAAAAUACAAUUGCACGUUGCAACAAUGCUUAUGGGGCAAGUUCUUCUACAGAACCUAGUGCAACUUGUUUGUUACAUUAAAUGUUUGCACGAAUUAUACAUUGUGUUAACCCGACAUUGUUCGUGGUUUAAGGUUAGGA